UUAAACUUUAAUUAUAAAGUCGCUAAUUAAACAUAUGGACAUGCAAAUAAUGUUAAAUACAUUUUCAACUUUGCAUUAUAUAGUGAUAAAGUCGAAAUUCCUCUGUAUUCAUGUUGCAGAUAAACAACGUGUCCCUGGAGGGUGUGAAGAGUGUAUCGGAGGCGAUGGCGUUGCUGAAUGAGUGCCAGUACGAGUCUGUCGCACUCACUCUGCUCAGACCGUUAUAUACAUGCUGCAAUAAUACUAGAGACAGGAUGUCGAUGUACGACCAUUCGCGCUCGUACUCGGACAGUAAGAUGGUAAACAUCUGCUCGCAGACUGAUGAAUCUUGGUGUCAGUUUGUACAGCCUCCCUCCGAUACUAAGGUCCACAUAGAUCACGGUAUGCCAGACUUCGACAGAAGAUAUGUGUACCAUGUAGCCGCUGGGAGCCAGGGGAAGAUUCCACAGGAGAGAGGGACAUGGGAUAUGAUCCGGGGGAAAAUUGAGGCGGUGACGGGUCGCAGCAAGUCCAAGGAUAAACAGAAUAAGGUGCCGGAAUCUGAUGCGAUCGCGGAGCUAGACUCCGUUAUCGAUAGUUAUCAUGGAAAAACAAUAAAAGAAACUAGUAGCGUGCUAAAACGUUCGCGGAGAAAGAAUAAAGAGUCACAGAGUGAUUCUAAGAAUGGUGGCACGUGGCCCAAGGCGAGGGCCAACUUCAUACUAGAGGAGAACUCCACUGGAACCAUCGUGCAGCCUCGCUCCAGGAAGGAGAGGCCGCCUCUCUCCAUCCUACUCAGCCCGCCUACAAAACUCCCGCCGGAACCGCAGCGGUCAAACACCAAUAGAAACUCGAAUCCCAUACCUUUGGGUCAUGCGCCCCUCACGCAAGCCACCACGCCAGCUCGCCACUCAGUGUACAAGUCCAUAGAGUCGUCGCCAGCAAUCGAACACUUCCCGAAGCCGGCCCCUUUAACCAUACACAAGCCGUUCGCCUCCCCAAACAGUAUGAACUUCGAGAAGAUUCGUACGUUAGAGAAGGACAAGAUGUCCAUCAGUGAUUAUUCCGAACACGAUGUCACGCCCAAUCGACUGAGCUUAGUUCUAAACCCGUCAGACGAUUCGUUGGACUACCAGCCAGUGACCCGCAACCGGACUAAAAGCCCGCACUCCUUAGACUUCAUGGUCAACAAAGGCCCAAACUCUCUGGAUUUUGUCCCGAGGAAGUCACCCAGCUCGCUAGAACACUCGAUCAAAAAUCACCCAGGAAAAGACUUACUAGAUCAAUAUUAUUCGAAUAAGAAGUCAUCAUCACCGAAGACUGUGAACAAAUACCCUUCAGACAGUGAUAGUUUUGGACCUGACAGUUUAAACAGUAAUGCAAACUUUCCCAUGACGGGAACCUUGCCAUCACAAUCGAGGCUUCAAGCUUCUCAAUACUACAGAGGCCCUUUUGUGAAUUCCAACCCCCAUACCUCGAGUAGGUAUCCACAUUUAGCAAGUCCAACAAAUAUCCCCCAAAGUCAGUCGGGCGAGAGUAUUGGGACGAGCUACGACAUGCACUCGUUCACGUCGCACACGCACAAUAUGUCGGACCUACAGCCGGUGCCGCGCAACACCAGAGGGGGAGACUACCACCAUACCUACGAAGGUGGCACGUUCCCUCGUAAGAAAGAGAAUCAGAGGUUUCGUAUCCCCUCCAACCCGAGUGUCACGUCAAAAAACUCCGCGGGAAAGUUAAGUACAGGGUCAAUAGAGAGAAGUUCUGAACGAAAUUCUCCCAUGCCUACAUUUCACGUCGAAGUUUUAUCUCCGGGUCGGGGAGCGAAGCAAUUGACGCACAAAACUAGGAAUUCUAUGCCAGAGUAUUGCGGCUUAGGGUGGAACAAACCUUUACCCGGGGAGUUAAGGAGAGUGCACAUAGAUAAAAGCCAGCAACCGCUUGGCAUCCAGAUUUAUUGUCCGCCGAGUAGUGGCGGGGUGUUCGUGUCUACAGUAAACGACAACUCUCUUGCCAGUCAGGUCGGUCUGCAAGUGGGAGACCAACUGUUAGAAGUGUGUGGGAUCAACAUGCGCUCAGCUACCUACACACUCGCCGCUCGAGUGCUCAGACAGAUCGGGAACUCGAUAACUAUGCUCGUGCAAUACAGCCCUGAGAAAUAUAAGGACGAAGUCGAAGUUCCAGGAAGCUCGUCGUCUGGUGAGAGUUCGCACGACGAAGAAGUUUCAUUGUCUGGUUCACCGACACCCAGAAAUUCUCCCGGGCCGCAACAGUCUAUUAGACUGGAACAGCCUCCGACUGAAGUGGCUACCUUGAGGCAGUCACAGAACAACAAAGACUUGCCCAGAUUUCUUCUCAUUGAAAUGAGAAAUUGUUCAGACUUAGGGAUAAGUUUGGUGGGAGGUAACGCUGUGGGCAUAUUCGUGCAUAGUGUACAGAUAGAGUCGCCGGCGUAUAAUGCGGGGUUGAGGACAGGUGACCAGAUAUUAGAGUACAACAACGUGGAUCUAAGGCGAGCCACUGCCGAGCAAGCUGCCUUGGAGCUGGCUAAGCCGGCGGAUAAGGUGAGCGUGUUAGUUCGACACGACUUACAGCAAUACCACGAGAUCAAGGACAAGCCGGGCGACGCGUUCUAUAUCCGCGCGGGUUUCGACCGGUGCGCCAAGAUCACGUCGGUUGGCAUGGACACCAUCGACGAGUACUCUCUAUGGUUCCGUAAGGACGAGGUGUUGUUCGUGGACAAUACGCUGUUCAACGGCUCGCCCGGACUCUGGCGCGCUUGGCAACUCGACUGUAAGGGCGCCAAGCGGCACUGGGGGACCAUUCCUAGUAAAUUUAAGGUAGAAGAAAUACUCCGACGAUCGAUGGGUACACUGGAAGGCGACGCUCAGAGACGAGCGUCCACCACGGCUCGUCGUUCCUUCUUCCGUCGCAAGAAGCACAGGGACAGCAAGGAACUGGCUUCGUUCUCCAACACGGAGCUGGGCUGUUGGAGUGACAGUGGCACCCUCGCCGAUGACGUGCCAGUACUCUCCUACCAGAGGGUCGAGAGACUGCACUACGGCACGCAGCGUCCGGUGGUGGUGCUGGGCCCGCUGGCGGGCGCGGUGGCGGCGCGGCUGGCGUCGGACUGGCCGCACGCGUUCGGGCUGGCGCGCCCCGCCGCGCUGCCCGUCGCCGGCGCCGCGCCCGCGCUGCAGCGCGGCACGCAUCUCGAGCCCAGGCUGCGUCCCGACUGCACCCACAUCGACUGCAUCCCGCUGCAUGCCAUUAGGGAACUCGCUGAGAAGGGCAUCCACUGCAUCCUAGACAUAAGCGUAGCCACGAUAGAGAAACUUCACAAGCAGCAGAUCUACCCAAUAGUACUAUUCAUUAAGUUCAAAUCCUUCAAACAAAUCAAAGAGGUCAAGGACACGCGACACGCUGACAAGGUCACCGCUAAAGCGGCCAAGGAGAUGUAUGAACAUGGACUGAAGGUCGAAAAUGAGUACAGAAGUUACAUAUCAGCGGAGAUCCCAGCGGGCGUGAACAUAGCGUACACGUGCACGCAGAUCAAGGCGGCCGUGGAGGAGGAGCAGAAUAAGACGCUGUGGGUGCCCUCCGUGCAGGCCUGACCCCUGCCCGCCGCGCCGCGCGCCCCGCCCCGCGCCCCGCGCCGUCGCCACAAGGCCGUCACCUUCUGCACGCACCGCCCGCGCCCCAAGCGCCCCGAGUCCACCCCUGCGCCUCGCCCCGCGCCCCGCCCCGCCUCGUACUACUCCGACCCCGGUCGCGAGGACCAGCCCCUGCGGAAGAAGGAGCAGCCCCGCAGUGACUCCACCGACUCCGACCUCAGGUACUACUCCGAGCCCGACGCCAAGUAUUUCGAAAUUGAUUACGAAUUUCUCAAAGAACUCCGUCGAAUCGCACGCAACAACUGCCCCAAGUGUCGCAGGAAACGUUCAAGGCGGAAUGACCGCGGAGAAUACAAGGAAAAGUCGUCGAAAGAUAAAGCCAAGACACCCAGAAGUUCUCGGCUUAAAGAAAACUACGUGUACUGUAACGGUAGGUACCACAGUGAAAAAGAACACUGCCAGCUUUGCUGUAGGGUCUGCAACCGAUCCACGGAUACACUCGAUUCGAUCGACGACGACCAAUACUCGAUGGUAUCGAAAAGUUACAGUCAGCCUAAAGUCACAUCGCGCUCCAAAUCAACGCCCAGAAACUCCCGUGAGCGCAAAAAUUCAAUACAAUCAAAUAAAUCGGUAUCAUUCCUUGAAUCGAGUAACGAUGAAUCGAUUAGGGAAGAACCGAACUAUACGGCUAAAAGCUUUACGAAUGAUUUAAAGAAGUUUUUGUUGAAACCGUCAGCGCCGCGACAGAGUUUGCGCGAUAAAUUCAUUACGAGUUUCAAACAGGAAUUCGAAGCGACAAAGAGGUCUCCGAAACUGAAAGCUAUAAAAGGUCUAUGGAAGUCUUACUGAAACGCAGUGAUUGAGCAUUGACCAAAUGUUUGAUGAAAAUCGUUUACAAUUUAUACAUGUGCCAACUUUUGCUGACAAUGUUGUUUUGUUUCACAAGUAUAUGAGAUCGGUAUCGAUGCUGUAAAAUAUAUAUUGACUUGAACUGUCGAUCUUUAAUCUAAGUUUAUUUAUUUUUCUUUUGGUGCUUUAUUACUUAACACUGAAAUUAGUGUCGCGGCUGUCCUAUGUACAAUUCGUUAGUGAAUGCCAACUGAAUAGAUUUAUCGACUUUUGAUAGAGUCCGGGACAGUUGUCGUAACACUAAUUGAAAGUGUGGUUCUAUAUUUCUUAUAAAACGUAAGUGUUCAUAAUUGGUCUAAAGGAAACUGAAAUCCAAGGUUUCGGUGCUAGUGGGGAAAGCGUUAUACAACUUUACACGAUGUAUUAUACUUCACAUUAUACUCCGAUAAUAUAUACAUAGACAAAAUAUAUACGUAUAUGUGCAAUAACUAUUGGAUUACGGGUCGGUUCGUGUUGCAUUGGAAAGAGAGACCAAAUUGUUUGUAACAAUAAAAAAACGAUUAAUAACAUCUUUGCAAUAGUUAAAAAAAUGGUUUCUAGAAUCGUAAAGCUUAUUCAUACGAUAUCAUUUUCUUGAGCAAUUGUGUUCUAUUUUAAGGUUUUUACGGUAUACCGUCUGUAUUGUUUUGACCAUAAAACAAGUCAAAAAACGUGCAUCUCCCACGGCUGCGAUUCCGAUGUGACACGAGCCUAUCCUUUUAUAAAACAUUUUUCUUACAUAUUUAUAAAUAAAUAAGUAUAAGAUAUUGAACUAUCAUCACUUUUUACGACUAUGGAAUUUAAUGCACACAAUAUGAAUAAUCUUGGCCUAUUUACGCACGAUUGUCACAAUAAUUAGAUAUUUCGAAAGCCUUGGCUGUCUAUCAAGACGAAAAAGGACGUAUAAAAUAAGUAUGACAUUAAAUAUUAGAAUCGUAAAAAUCUUGUUAUCGUAUCUGUGAAUUAGAGAAAUUGGACUGUUCCAAACUUAGGUACUGUGGCACAUUGUAGGUCUUGAUAGGAACUAUGUAACUUAGUGUGGGCCACUAGUAAUUGCAUGCGUCCUUAUUUUAUCAAAUCACAGGUCAAUUGAUCGUCAUAUCGUAAUAUAAAACGAUAAAGUAUAUGAAAAAAUAAACGCUACAUUUUUUUACAAAUAACUCUUCAAAAAAAAAACGGACUUCGUUUGCGUAUCGUACACAGAAAAUAUUUUAUUUUUUGUUGGCUAAUCAUAGAUCCUAGAAAUCGUCUGGUAAUACAAUACGACGCGCAUUGGCCUGUCUAUCACUGAUAUAAAUAAUACAGUAGUACCCUAGGGAUCACUUAGUGACGAUAUAGUUACAUUUUGUUGUUUAUAAAUGUUUAUACAUAAUGGUGUUUUAGCUAAAUAUAUAGACUUUUAUAUAGUCACUAUUUGCAUGAAUUAGUAUCUAAACGGUGAUUUCAAUGUCCUAAUCGUGUAGGAAUAUUCUGUUUUGGGGUUGCCAUUUCUGUAAGGGGUAGUGUGGUCGUAAGAAAAAAAUGUUUUAAGAAAGUUUAUCAUUUCAAUUAGUCUCGAUUCAAUGAUGAAGGUUCACAACGAACUUAAAACGUGUCAUCGUCACAAUUUUAGAGUUGUGUUAUUUUCUGAUAUAAAAUGUUGCCAAUUAUGUGUUGUAUUUUCCGCCCCAAAUCUAGUUCUAAUACUUUUCUUAUAUUUAUGUGAACAUUAGAUUCUGAAAUGUUUUUAAAUAUAGGGAUAAUAAUUGUGCUCUAAUGUCCUGGUAUAUAGGAGGAUUUUUAACAAGUAGUCCAUUAUAUUUGAUUGGAUUUCAAAGAGAAAAGUUAUACGACUUCGUAAGACUGUAGUAUUACACUAGUAGUUCGUAUUGUAACGACGCCGUCUCGUAAACACGUGUUAUUUCUUUAUAGUUUUCAUUUAUUAUGUACAUAUUUCUUCUCCUAUAGAGAAUUUACAGGCCUAUAUAGUAUAUUGUAUUGUAUAGAAGUUUUUGUUAUGAGUGCUAAUACCCGGUUUCAGUAUUUAUUUUUAUUAUAUUCAUAUCCUUUUUCUUAUGGCCUAACACCAAGUCUGAAUAUGAAAUUAGCUUUCGUUCAUCGUUUAGAAAUCUGGCGUUAGCAUACUUUAAGUAUUAUUUAUUAUAAACUUCUUAUAAUCAAAGACCUUUUCAGGUGCCAAAUGAUUAAUUAUUUUGACCGGCUUUUUUGUACCGGAGUUUAAUCGAUAGAUUUUGUAUCCGGGUGUCUACCGCAACUUUAAAACGAACGUCGAUCACAUAAUUCAUUGCGGUUUUCAAACGCCAAUUUCUACGAUACAUUUUAUUGGUCUAUACAAAUACCUCAAUGUAAGAAACUCAACUUUCGACCGACAAUGAAUAGGAACACCCAAUGAGACGAGAUGUUUUGAAAUAGAAACUUGAAUACACGCGAAUAAAGUUCAUUUCUAGUUGAUGUCAGAAAUAUCAUACACCAUUUUGGUGAUUAAUGAAAAAUAAACCUAAAUACAAAAGUUAUAAUGACGAUUUCAUCUCGUCUCGUGGUGGAACAAUAGACAAUUAUUUUUGAAAUAUAUUGCGAUUUUUUUAUUAACUGAGCUGAUUACUCCAAUGUUUGUGACGCGAUGUAAAGCGAUCUCAUUGAUAUUAACGUGUGAUGAGGCUUAUUGACACAGAUUUUUAAUAAUUUUUCAGCACAUUUUUUGUAGUUUUAAGUUUUUUUGGACAGAUUUUUUGAUAAUACGUUGUUUCAAUGCUGUUGGAUUACAAAUGUACUAUGUCGUAAUCGUUUGAAAUAUCGACUGUGACAAUACUGGAUUAAUUACUGACUAGGACUACACAAUCGCCAAUCAAGAAAAUUUUCAAUCGACAUAAGAAUUUAGGAGCCUUUUGUAAAGUACCAUUUCUAUAAUUGAAUUUUUAUUGCGUGUUGGUAAGAAAAUAGCAAGAGAAAUAUAAGAUUUUCUUAGUACUAGUUUUGCUAUCAUCGCUAGUAUAUUUGUGUUCAGCCUUUUGCAGUUUUUAUUAUUUAAUUUCAGCUUUCAGCUUUUACUUAAGCCGGAUGGCAUUUUUUUUUCAAUAUGUUUGUAUUGUCUGUGUUUUUCAAGGGAAAUAAAUGACUAUGUUUUUUAACAAAUAGACAGAUUUCGAAGAUGUACAUAGAUGGCAAUGUUAGUAUACCAAGUUCAAUGAAUUAUGGCGUUUUGAAAUUGCAGUUUCUAUUAUUUUUGAAAAUGUUGGCAGAAUAGCUAUUGGAUGGGUAAUUUGUGCAGGCCAGUUGUGUCCUCUUUUUUGUGUAUUGGUUUUGUGAUGAAUAUUUUAAAUAAUUCCGGGAAGACACUUUCUGGGAAUGAUUGAUUUAUCAGGGACACCAGUGGCAGCACGAGUUGUUCGGCUUAUUUUUCUAAUAGUGUGGGAGUUUGUCGUGAUCAAAAUUUUUUUUAGGUUUG